AUGAUGGUACUGAAUAAGUCUCAUACCGCCGGCACGUUUGAUUGCGGAUAUCGAUCUGACAGAUCGAGACUAGUGCUGUUUUUUUUAUGUACAGCAACCUUUUUUCUGAUUCACAAGUACACUACAUACCACAAAGAUACUGAUCAGGUUUACCAGCUUGGAAAUGUAAUCCUCUUGACAUUGAAACAUUUUUUGUUUGAAAUUUCUCUCUCCAUAAACUGCAGCAAUGAGAGACAAUCUUUAUUGAAUAAGAACACACCAAUUGCACCCGGAAAGUUUCUUCAUAUCAUUGAGAUAGUGCCACGAAGACAGAACGAAACAUUUUCGACACCUGCCCUGCGUAUUCAAUCAAGAUGA